AUGUCUAGGCGCAAGGACUUCCUCGACCUUAGUCUUCCAAAGGGAGUUCAUUCUCCACCUGUCCCAGGAAUCACCGCACAAAUAAUCUCUCAGGACAAGAAAGCUUUCCCAAGCUAUCCUUCUCCUGACAAAGAGGCUAUCGUUGAGGGUGACGAGUUGUCUGAAUAUUUCAGCGUUCGCACCGUCACAAUCUAUAUUGCCGUUACCAAUAACACACCAUUUUCAAUUCAUCUACGGGUUGAUAGACCUUAUCCUGUGAAGAUGGACUGCUCGAAAUUGCAGUUCGAGAUCUUUAUUGAUGGGAAGUUUGUGUGGGAUGCUUGGUGUCAUAAGCCUCGGUAUCAAGAAAAUGGAAAUGUGUGGGAGGAAAUCAUUGGAGGACUGAAACUGGGAAAGGGACGGAGUUGUGAGAUUAAAGACUUCAAAUUCAUGGGACUAAAAACCAAUGAGGAAAGCAUGUCUUAUACGGCCAUUCAGCGUAUUGGGGAAUCCAUGGCCAAGAUUGGUAAGAUUGAGAUCAAGGUAUACAGAACAACGUAUGGGAAAAAGGGUGGCGAUGUCAAAAAUAGUAAGAAGGGAUUCUUGACCAAGAAAAACAGAGAGGUUCCUGAGAAAGCAUUAAAAGGCGAGGCAAAGAGUCAUGGUACUGCGUUGGAUGAAGGGCGAAAGACAAUCAGAGGAGAUGUGUGGCGAGAGGCCAACAAACAUGGUGAACUUCCAAUCGUCAUUUUUCGCUUCCUAUAUCGCUCAGAAGAAGCGCUGAAAUCUCUGCACAUCAUUGAAUACACUCCUGAUUCAUCUCGCUCCAGUUCACCAGAAAGUGAAGACCAGACUAGUAGGGGCUUAUCAGCUGCCCAAGCAAAGCAAGUCGAGGAUUUACUUAAAUCUUUCAGAAAGUCGGCAGGCGGAGGCGGUGGAUCAAGCAGUCGAAAAGCAAUAAAGAGAGAAGAUGAAUUGGGUGAUAAUAGCGGCGACGGUCAGGAGUCUGAAAGUAGUGAGAGAGCCACAAAGCGACGUAGAGUUGCAAAGGGCAAGGGAAAAGCAGUUACGAUCGAUUUGACAGCAGGUAGCGGCGGUGAGGGCGAGGACAAAGAUGAAGAGCCGAGUCUUGUUGGUGGCGACGAGGAUGGUGUUGAUGACCAAUACGAUGAUUUGUUUGUCCAAGAUAAUGGUCCAUGA